AUGUCAACCAACCUACCAGAAGAUCCGACCAACAAUUCUGCAGGGGGUAACGAAGGCGGAAAUGAAGGUGAAGGUGGCACUGGUGCCCCAACGGGAGGAAACCAAGGCAAUCAAUCGGAAACGCCCCUAUCUGCAGAGGAAGCAGUAAUUGCCUUUGUGGUUUCCAGUCUGAUCCCCAAGUUUCAAGAGCAGGCUAGCAGCACUCCAAUGGAGACAGAUGAAAGCGCACCAGCUGGAGAUGGCUCUGAUAAUCAACAAAACGAACCACCAAAAGUGCCAAAGGAACCACAGUUGACAGCUAAGUUUGUUGCGAGGCAAGCCCAGGUGGACAAGGCUGGUGAGGAAGAAGCCGCGGCAAAGAAAAGAGUCGAGCGCCGGGUGAGGGGCAUGGCUCAACGAAAUACGACCGUCAGCCAUUUCGAACCAUAUUCCAGAGGGGUUCAAUCUUUUCUUAAACAUUUUCUUGGCGGUCCUGAAAAGCCGCACGAUUACCCCCCACCCCCCUCUGAAGAGGAGAAGGAAGCGCAGUAUUGGAUCGAGAAGCGGACUGAGUUCAUUUUGAAGCAGCUGGAUGUGAUCCGGCACUCUCUUUGUGACAAACCUCCUGCAGAACAAGACUACUUUGUCUCCCGUGCUGAAUCUGAGAUUCGCAAAAGCAUCAAAGCACCACCCUUCACCCCUGCUCCUAAAAAGGGGGAAACUCGAGGCAGCCGGACAAUUAGCUCCCAAACAAAGGGAUCGGUCGAAAGAGAGUUGGCAGCGGCAGGAAUUUCCCGGAUGACUUUUGAUUGGACGGCAGCACCAGCGGACUCCUCGGCGUGGAACGUGGCGGUUGUAGAUGUAAUGGGAAAGAAAUCAGUGGAAUGGCUCCGUUUGUCAAUGAAAAUAACGGACGAAGAGGCAAUCCAGGCACCGGCAAUUAUUCUCCGAUGGCUCAACGGUAAAUGUCGAGAGAUUCGAGAAUUUGGCAACGUGGAGGUGGGAGCCUAUGAUGCUAGUAAGAAGGCCAAGUUAGCAAAAGCCCAAUAUGCUCGGUGGCGCAAGAAAAUUUGUGAAAAUAGAUGCAAGAUGGCGGCAAAGGUGUACCCAAACAAUCAUCAACUCGCGUUUAUCCUUGCAAACAAGGAUUCUCACUCUGAUAUCGAAGAUGCGGAAAAGGUGGGGGAUCGCCCAGUUCGAUGUGUGCCCGUAUGGCGAAGCGACCCACUUUCUACUGUUGUGCACGGCCUUGACAAGAUGGUGAUGUCGCAGGCUACUCACCACAAGCAACGAUCAGUCCACAAAGAUAUCUACGGACGUUCGAAAUCCGUCUUCAGCAAGAAAAGCGGGAUUGAGGGUGUGCCACGUAAUCUUCCGGUGGAUGCCUACGCGAAAUCGUGGCGAGAGGGUUUGUGUAAAUUUGAUCAAGAUACUGUAUCCGAGGUCGGCCCCUUUUCAGUUAUGGAGCUUGCUAAGGGGAUGGAUAAGCUGUUGACACUAGCUCCUCAGGAGGGAACGGCCCCAAACCGGGGGCCAACUCAGCAAGGAUCUAGUGCCCAAGCGGGGCCAAGUGGGGAGAGGUCGAUGAAUAUAGAUUGA